GCAACGGGUAGGCGGUCCUUCAAAUCGAAAGUAAAUUCAAGCGUAUGAGGAAAUAAAAUACAAUUAAACUUUAUUCCGUCCUGCCGCUGCACUUCUUCUUGACUUUCACCUUUUUGGUUUUCUUUACCGAGAAAAAAAAAGUUCCCUGGCUGUUAUGCCUAAAAGUUCCGCUUUGACGAUAAGCAGCGAAAAUGCAGCAAGGGUGGAAACCUUUCACCGGGCCUUGUUUCAGGAGGCCAACAAUCUUUUCUCCACUGUUAUUCCCUCCAAAAUCCUCCAGAUGGAUGCCCUUCUUCAGGAUGUCAGCGUGACAGACAUGUCAACGCUCAAAGCUCCACUGGACAUCCCCAUCCCUGACCCACCCGCUCCCGAUGAGGACACGGAGACCAGUGAAGACAAAGAGAAGAAGAAAAAGCCCAAAUGUGGCUUCAUCAAGUCCCACGAGAUGAUCUUGGCACUGGCGGGCAAGUUGAAACCCGAGAUCGUCGGCCUGCGAGAGACCAUCGUCACUGUCACAUGCUGGAUUCAACAUCUCAUCCCCAAAAUCGAAGACGGAAACGACUUUGGCGUCGCCAUUCAGGAGAAAAUCUUGGAGAGAAUCGCUGCGGUAAAGGCAAAAGUGGACGGCUUCCAGACGAGCAUCAACAAGUACUUGCUGGAGAGGGGAGACGGCGUGGCCAAAGCCUCCAAAGAUACUCACGUGAUGGACUACCGCAUGCUAGUCCACGAGAAGGACGUGGCCAUCUUUUCCGACAUUCGAAUGAUCAUCCUGGACAUGCGCAGCUUUUACAUGGAACUUUUUGACAUGAUCAGCAAGAACAUGGAGAAGGUGAUCAAUCCCAAAGGCGAGGAGAAGCCAUCCAUGUAUUGAAACAGGCAAAUCAUGCCUGGUUUCUUUCUGGUUUCAGCUAAACUGUCCUAAAUGUGGAAAUAAUCAAUAAAACACUACCCCGUA